AUGUCAAAGAAAAUAUCAAAUAUUUUUACCAAAACAACUAAUAAUUUUAAUAAAGAUAGUAAUUCUCUUGAUGAAGUUGUUAAAGAAUUAUGCAAUCUGUAUAAUGAAGAAAAAUCUAAAUUCAAAAGUACGGUAUUAAUUUUUGAAAUAUUUGAUCAAUUUAUAGCCGAAAAAAAGCAAAGUCCAGAUAAUAUUAUCAAUUGGUGUUUGAAUGAUGAAAUAAAUCCUACGAUAGCACUGCACGGUGUUAGUUCAAUACCGUGA